AUGGCUACAUUGGAGGAAAAACGCGCUGCCUUGAGGGCAAAAUACGAUGCCAAGAUUCGGGAAGAGAUGCGAAUGCUGGAGGCCCAGCACAAAGACUCACAACCAACCCAGAUUCCGAAGAGCAAUGGGAUUCCGAAAGAGAACGAUCGCGUAGAACUUUCGGCAUCAAGCUCAUCAACUUCACAGGAAACUUCGCAGACGAAUGGCCGUAAGCGGGCGUCCUUCUCAGAAUCAGACACGUCGCGACUCAGCAAACGAGCGCAGCGCGAUGACUCAUUGAGAGUCAAUCGAAAUCUUUCGAUUGCUACAUCUAGAACAUCCGAACGAAGCCAUCGAGAGGACGAGGAAGACGAGGAAGACGAGUAUGGCAGGGAGGAAAUGGAAAAUUCUCAGCCCCCCUCCAAUCCACGCAUCCGAAAGUCAACAACUUCCCAGAGAACAACAAACUAUAAAACCUCUAAAUCUAUUGCAAUUCUUCCUCCGAACGCUCCCGGGAGAGCGAUUGCUCCCAUCGACGUACGUCCUCCUCCAACUUCUAUCAAUACAUCACAGCAGGCAGCUCUUGACAACGACGAUGACGAUUUGCCUGAGUACGUAACCGAUGUCAACUCCCCUAACUUCAGAAACGACCUCAACUGCCGGAUGGGCGUUCUAAGUGAUAGCAAAUUACAAACGGAAAGAGCAAAGAGGGAACGCAGAGCUUGGGUUUUGGACGAGUGCAUCAAGAGGGGGCAUGCAUCUACGGCAAAAGUUCAAGUCUUACGACUAUGA